ACGUUUAUAUGAAUGCUUAUUUAUAAGUUUUAUUAAGGAAUGGAAGAUACCAUUUGUAAACAUGUGUACAUGAACCUAAAUUAUGAUUGUUUCAUAUCAUUUUGUACAAAUGUUUUCUUAAAUGGAAUUACAGUUUAAACAAAACAAACAUUUCCUUUAUCUUUACAUUUACUGCCACAAAAUUUCAGACUAAAUACAAGAUCUUUACGUUGUCAGCUUAAUACUGGGCCGAGUUGACCCAUGUCGAGUUGAUUCAGGGCCGAAUCGACAUUUUACCAAAUUCAAUAGCAGUCUUAUACCUAAACGCGAAAAUGUGUUACAUACAUAAUUUUCUUUAAUUAAGCAUGGUUCUUCGUCACACAAACAAAGUUUUUCAUUUUCUCUAUUAACAUAUUUGAGUUAUUUGGUAUCCUCUUAACCUGUCAUUCACACAUUAGUUUUGUUGAAGAUUAUUUUUCUAAAAAAAUACCAACCCGGAAGUAACUUUUAUCUUGAUAGACGGUGAUUCUAUAAAUUAUAGUGUUGCCAAACUAUCCUAGGUACAAAAAUAUUUCUUUGUCGUGCCCAAAAGCUGAUCUGUCAAUUACAUGUGAAGACAAGGAUUAGAAUUUUGGGGAUGGAUGUCUGGCAUGAAAUGUUUUCUCUUCAAGAAAAUGAGUACCUCAAAGUCAAUGUAUCCAUUUACAAAUGUGAAAUAUACGAGAGAUCAGCAAAGUACAAGGAAGCAACCCAGAACUCAUUUCAACAUGAAUCCAUGACACAAACUGACACGUCUAAACCACCCCUCCUCAAGAAUGUUCUUGGAGAAAAUUUGUUUUCAAGUCUCCAAGGUCUGUUAGGUUUGAACAAAAAUGAAGGUGAUUCUUCUUCAAUUGCUUCAGAAACAGCUGAUCCAUGUUAUGUGAUAGAGAGUGUGGAAGUUCAAGUCUCAGUGGCAGAAAUAUGUCUUUGGGCACUUCUGCUAUUUGUAACAACCUUGUUGAUAAUUUUUGCAAUUGUAUUGGUGAGAAAAUGUGUCAGUGUGAUCAAAUGUAGACUAAAGAUAAGGCGUGAAAAGAAAGUUAAAGAAAAGGUGAAAGAUAUAGUUACUGAAGUGAAUAAAGAAGUUGUCAAAGAAAAAGAAAGAGAUGACUCUGAUGCAGAAGUUACUAAUUUAGUGGAUGAUAAUGAUGAUCAUGAUGUAAAUAAAGAAAUUGAAAAGACGAAGAGUAAAGGUGUAUACCUUAGUUAUCAGAGCCGAGUCUUCAAUGAUGCUGCUGUAGGUAGUUCAAAUUUAAUUACAUUUCUUGAUCACACUACAGAUAAGCUGUUUAAGAAACUUGAUAAGCUACUUUUAAGGGGUCUAGCUGAUGGACAGAGUCUAUCCCAGACAUGUCCAGCAACACCAAGGCUUGCUAGGCGUAACUUUAACCGACGACCAAGAAUUGGCAGCUCGCCAAUGUUACAGUCUCUUACAGACGCUGCAACAGAUGAUAAUUCUGAAAGUAAAGAAUCUGCGGAACAGGAAAGAGCAUGGCAGGAAUAUAAGACUUUUUCUGAGAGUUUACAAUGGAAAUUCCCUUUUGUGAAUGUAACAGAUUCCUCAAGCUUAAACAGGCCUUCACAGAAGUUGCUUGCUUACUUCCAUAGAGUUUGUCCUAUCCCAAGAAAUAUGUGGAAAACAUCAUGUUUAGUAACAGACUAUGUAUUGUUCUUGAUUUCACAAGAGUUGGACACUAUUGAAAGCAAGGCAGGUUACAGAUUUAUACAAUUUGUUGGUGAAGGGUCGUGCAGAAAUGGUACAAAGGUAGCGAGACCAAAUCAUGUAGAUAUACUUAUGGUUGUGCAGCCACCAGUCGUUCCUGAUUUGGUGUUUGGAAAUUCUGAAAAUGGUAUACCUCCGGGAAUGGUUGCUGUGAGUGUAAAUUCCACUAAAUAUUCAGCAUAUGAUAAAAAGAUUGUGUCUAAUCUUGAAAUUGAUGGCUCUUACAAGCCGUGCCUUUCAGCAAAAGAUUUUUCUCAAGCAUCCGAGUGGUUGAUCGAAGAAAGUCUUCAUUCUUUGUAUACAAAGUCAAGGUCGGCCAUGGACAGAUUGCCGUUCCAGGUUAAAGGUGCUCCAACAGCAACACUCACAUUAAACAUUAAAACAAGGGCUCUCGUUGGUUUUGGCGACACUGAUAUUAAAGUGCAAAUCACACCAGUUCUCCCUCUGCCAAUGAAUGGCUGGUAUCAGAUGCCGAUGCUGUACGCAACCCCUACGGAUGCGAGUUACGAGUACAAACAAAGAUCAGAUAGAAAGCAGCCCGUAAAUCCAGACUUACUUUGGCAGAUCAGGACUAGCGAAUUUGAAACUGUUUUCAGUUUAGGAAUUAAUUCAAUGAUGAGACACGCAAAAGUUAACUCGUGCCAUGUUGUCUGUCUAAUGGUUCUAAAAUCGUUACUGACCGGAUGUAGUAAGAAUAAUCUGCUAGACCGUGGCGUAUUACCCUCAAAUCACAUCUCAACUGUUCUAAAUUUUCUCUUGCUAGAAAGUGCACCUAGUCAGUGGACCUUCGAAAAACUCGGAGACAGAUUUUCAGAUGCCAUUCAUUUUCUCAGAUCUGCGUAUAACUGUAACCGUCUUCCUCAUUUCUUUGUAAACAACCCACACCUCAUCAGCAAAAUGCCGUCUGUUGCCGAGAACAAAAUGUUGGCACAGACUAGACAGAAAAACUUGUUGGCUGACAUAAAAUCGGAGAACCUCGAGAAACGUUUGGAGUAUCUGGAGACGUGUCUUAGAGAAACUGGACUAGCCGACUGCGUUAAAGAAGAAUUUUCAAACGACAUGUGGGAAUUUGAGUUUUUUCUUUUUAAUUGAUAUUAAUGACUAUAACUCUAUAUUGUGAUAGUGCUUUUUUGGCUCUGAUGUAAGGAAAAACUUUAUGUUUUAAGCAUGUACAGUAUAAUGUAUGGAAAGUUCUUAUUUUAUCAUUUGUUGAGGGAUUGUUACAUGUACAUUUUUAUAUAACUGUUCUUCAAUGAACAUAGUCACAAAAUAUUACAUCACUUCUUUCAGCCAAGAUAAUUUUUUUACAUAUACCAAGGAAAGUGGCAAUAUACAAAACUAGGGGCCAUAAUUAUAUAUAAAUAUGUCUUUCCCUCAUAAACAUUAAUUGUCAGGGGCCAUAACUCUUGAUAUUUUUUACAUAAAUUGUAAAUGUCAGUCAAGGCCUUUUAUUUCCCCCACUUCUCUCACAUGAACCCUUAUAGAUAGCCAUAGAUGACAGUGUGUGUUGUGCCAUAAGGUAUAAUUUUCACAGUGAAAUUAUAUUUGAUAAUUUUCACUGUGGCCGUACUGUUAGAACGCAGAUGAAAAUAAUAUAUCAUAACUAAAUGCAAUUAUCAACAGGAAUCAAUUCUUUAGGAGAAGCAAGUAAUGACUGCAUACAUGGUGUUGAAAUGUAACAAAACUUGAGAAAUUUUGCUGAUCUAAAUUUCAACAUUGGUACUAUGACAUCAAAACAAAAUCAGUUUUAAAUGACUUAAAAUCACUAAAAAAGCAUCAUGAAAUAAAUAGAAAAUUUGCUUGUUUUGCAUGUAAGUUUAAAAUAUAUUUCACUCGUGAACACCAGCUAUUAUAUUUUCACUUGUGGUAUCUAAAAUGUUCUAAAACCAUCAUUUAAACAUCUUUUAAACCCAUGUGUGCCCUUUCUAAAUAAGGAAAUUUUUUAUUUAUUUCUGAGGCAUAAUGUUCCUUUAAAGAAUGAAAUGAUUUCAUUGGACACAGUGUAAUUUCAACAACAAAAGUUGGCAAUAAGAUUUGUUAUACAAUAACAUUAUAUAGUUACACUAUAGUUACACUUUAUCUGCCAUUUUUUUUAUAUAUAUACAUGUAAUUACCGAAGAAAAUUAUUUAUAUAUUUUAUAGUUUUUUUACUAGAAUAUUUUCUAGAAGCUUAUGUGUGAUAAUAUAUUUCAUAGCAUUACCAUAGAUCUU